AGCAACAGGUAAGCUCUCAUCAUCUGCUGAAGUUUCUCUCAGAAAACUGACGCUUUCAUUGUCUGAGCUCUUUUGGGGGAAAAAAAUGCUAUAUGAACGGUGUUAUUCUUCAUGGUAAUACUAAUAUGAAAAGUAUAUACUUAUGACAGACAGAAGACACGUACUCAAAUAUCAUUACAGGUCACCCGUUUCUGAGGCUCAUUUUUGUGCACGGAAAGCCCAGCAGCUGCAUCCAGCGAGAAACAUGAACCUGAGCCCGCCCGAGCAAAGCGUGCACAAGCCGAGCGACGGCUGCAUGGACGCCGGCAAAGCCGAGCACUUGCUCCCUUGUUUCCGCCGCAGCGCGUUCGACGAGCCUCUGGCGUCCUACCACAGCGGCUCCAUCAUAUCCCACCUCCUGCGUAAAACCAUUCACAGCAAACUGACCUCCCUGGACAACGGCCUCCUUUACGUGCCCUCGGCGAUCCCCGGCGGGCUCGACCCCGAUGCCGGUGGCGCCGAGGACUUCGCUCAAGAGGAGCAGAGCAGAAUGUCCUUCAAAGACGAGGAGCUGUCCGCCAGCGAGCACCUCCAGGCCAAACGCGCCCGGGUGGAGAACAUCAUCCGAGGCAUGGCCGCUUCGCCCAGCGCCAGCGGAGAGGUGGAGAGCGAGUGCGAAGCCGUCCGCUGCAGAAGAGACCUCCUGAAGGAGAACAAGCGCAAGCAGAGGCUGCCCCAGCACCAGGAGCCCAGCCAGUCCGGCGCAAAGUCCAGCAAAGACGAGGAGUGCCACAAACUCAAGGAGCAGCUCCAAAGCAUGCAGCGCCUCCUGCAUCAGCUCCAGGAGAAGAUCUCGCACGUGUACGACCAGAACUACUCGGAGGGCGAGGACGCCGGGUCGGAGCACGCCGCUUUGAGGCUGGACGGCGGAUGCAGAGAGCAGGUCAAAGCGGAAGCCGGCGCUUUCGGCUCCGACAGGGCGAUGAAGAACCUCAAAGAGACUCUGAAGUGCGAGCUGACCAGGACUGUGAGCGAAAGCGUCGACACGGUCUUCAAGAAGCUCUCCACGACUCUUCUGCAUCAGUCGCUGUGCCGCAGCCCGGACUGCUCGGAAACCGAGAAGCGGCUCCCGGACGACUCCCCUUCGGAUCUGUCGGACUCUGAGGACAACGUGAAGAGCAGGCGUUGCUUCGAGAGCGCCGGGCCGGAGCACCAGACCGAAGCCUUGUCCCUGGUGGUCCGCAAGCCUGCCCUGAGCCAGGCCGUGAAGAGGCCUUUCCCGCUGCACCAGACGCCCUUCCAGAUGGGCUACGGCGGCGGGCCUCUUCACGACAGCCAGAUCCUGGAGCACCUGCUGAAGUACGGCCCUCACUCCACCUUCUCGGCGCUGCCGUGUCUGGAGAGGGCCUCGCCGGACUCCAUGGAGCGGCCGUGGGAAAGCGUGGCCAUGAGGUCCAAGGUGAGCUCGGGGCAUCUGGGUCAGCACCAGGCCGGGCUGGUGUCGGUGGACGCCCUCUGCCUGCCUCACGUCAAGAUGGAGUGCGGAGAUCUGCAGAGCAUGGCUGAGAGGAGCUCCUUCAUGUCGCUCAAUAUUCAAGAAGGUCUGACCCCCAACCAUUUGAAGAAAGCCAAGCUGAUGUUCUUCUACACACGCUACCCCAGCUCCAAUCUGCUCAAGAACUUUUUCCCUGACGUCAAGUUCAAUCGCUGCAUCACGUCGCAGCUGAUCAAGUGGUUCAGUAACUUCAGAGAGUUCUACUACAUCCAGAUGGAGAAGUUCGCUCGUCAGGCCAUCAUCGACGGCGUUAACGAUGUGAAAGACAUAUCCGUCACCAGAGAGUCCGAGCUCUUCCGUGCCCUCAACAUGCACUACAACAAAGCCAACGACUUCCAGGUUCCAGACAGGUUCCUGGAGGUUGCUGAAGUCACUCUUCAGGAGUUCUUCAGUGCCAUCUCCCUCUCCAAAGACUCGGACCCCUCGUGGAAGAAAGCCAUCUACAAGGUCAUCUGCAAACUGGACAGCGAUGUUCCCGAGGAUUUCAAAUCGCCUUCCUACCUGUAAACAGAGAGCGCCACCUACAGGAGGCUUCAUGUCUGACACACACGCCAUUUAUUUAUCAUAAGCAUCAUGCCUGAAUGUUCCUUUUAUAAGUGAAUCGUCAGCUUUAAAAGAAAAAAGUGUUUUGCCGUUGACUGAAAUGCGUGUGUAUGCCAGCAGGCUUGUUUCGUGUCGCUUGUGGACUAGGCUUGUUUAUUAAUAGUUUGGAUUUUGGGGUUUUAAUGUAAUAUAUUUUGAUUUCAUAAUGCCACUGUAGUCAAAUGUGUGCUGUGUUUUUUGUUCAGAUGUUCCUAGUUAUGAAAAGCGGUUUUGAUUUGUUGGUGUUUUCAUGUGGAUUUGUCUGUUGAGUUUCUGAUGUGGGGUGUCUCCUGAAACAUCUGUAAAAAUUAUUUAAAAAAAGGUGUAAAUAAGUAUACUUUAGCUGUAUAAUAGGUGAAAUAUUGACGUAAAAGCAUAAUAUUGCAUGUAGAAGCAGUUCUCAAAUUUUGACAGUGUACUUAUUUAUCAUGUACAUUAGUUUGCAUACUGUUGUUUAUCAUUAUAUUUAGCAGUGUGUGGUUUUCCAUUGAAUAAAAGAAUCAUAUUGUAGCAGUUUUAUAUGGUAUGUUUUUAUGGUUCAGAUAUAUUUACUUUCU